CUUAUGGUGUGAGGUCCGUAAACCAAGCCCAACUGAGGCCUCAUCGUUUUGCAGCAAACACCAGUUGAUCAGUUGUGGAAGACGACCCAGAUGGCCACCAUUUCGGCGCACAAAUUCACAAUCGGCAAACAAUAGGCAAACAAGCGUAGGACGAUCCGGAAUUUCGGACACUCGGACGACGCCUCAAUCUCCGCCACCACGCCACGCCUCCAGGCUUCAGACCCUAGUCCGCUGAACCGCUUCCACCGCUCCGCCCUCCGCGCUCGCAGGGCUCUCUGAGGCGCUGAAGUGCUGAUUGCUGAACCAGCGUAUACCAGCCAACUAGGGUCCCCAUUUCUCAGGACCCGCCCUGUACACAACGAGUACAUUUAGAUUAAAUGCUGUAAUAAUAUAAUAUAUCUAGAAAAUUGGCUUGAUUAACAUCUCAAACCUGCAUUGUCCUUCCAGUUUCUGCACUAGUGUUAGUAGAAUUCAUAUACAUCAAAUACUUCUCCAACCUGAAGAAAUGGUGGAAUGGAGACGGAAUCUGCCGUCUUUACUGCGUCAGGCUUGGAGACGAUUUGAGCAUUCUCACAUUUCUCCUUUUAACUCCCACCUGCACUCAAAGGCUCCUCAAGUUAUCGGUCAGGUGCCUUAUUCCAAUAGCCUGAGAAAUCUGCCUUCUCCUUCCAUCCCAAGGACACAUUUCCAAUUUCUACAAGCAUCGGGGAUCAGUAGCUCAGGAAAAUUGCUUGAUGACGUAACACCCAUAUCUUCCCCAUUAACACCUCUUAUAGCAGCGUCAGGUGAUGGUAAAACUGAAGCUGGGAAAACCAUUUUGAAGCCCUCAACAGUUCAGGCAGUAUUGAAGGGAAUAAAGCAGAGUCCAAAAAAAGUUAACCUAGUCGCCGCAUUAGUUCGUGGAAUGCGUGUUGAAGAUGCACUGUUACAGUUGCAAGUGACAGUCAAGCGAGCUGCUAAAACUGUUUAUCAGGUUAUACAUUCAGCGCGUGCAAAUGCUACCCACAAUCAUGGAUUAGAUCCAGACCGUCUUCUUGUUGCCGAGGCAUUUGUUGGGAAAGGACUCUAUUUGAAGAGAGUAUCCUACCACGCUAAGGGUAGGUCUGGGGUGAUGGAAAGACCACGGUGUAGACUGACAGUUGUAGUGAGGGAGAUUACUCCAAAUGAGGAGGCUGAGAUUGCUAAACUAAAAGUGAGCAACUUCCGGAAGCUCACAAAACGUGAACAACGGCUGGUCCCACAUAAGCUUAUCGAGACAAAUCCAGUGUGGGGCCGCAAAACAAAAUCUAAUACCCACAGAUCCGUUACUGCUGCUUUUUGAGCUGUGAUUACUCGUGCUUGGUAGAGAUUUUGUUAUAGGGCUGUGGUCAAAUAUUAUUUGAAUGCGUACUUUUAUUAUUUCUAGUCUCUGAAUGUCUUCCUUUGUAACACUUUGUUUCAAACUUGUUUUUAUUUACAUCUCGUGAGCCUUUGCACCUCACGCAAAAAUUCCCUAUCUAGACUCUCUCAAUUUUAUGUUCACUUUGAUGUUUGCAAUUUGUAAAACUGUAUCUGAGAUACACAAAAGGGGUUGAUUAAAAUUUUACCUUUUUUUAUUGUAUUGUGCAAAC